UUUCUGUCGCUUCUGAACUUGCUAAUCAGUGUUAGUGCAACGUGGUCAGCUAUUUAUCUUUGCAUUCUCUCUUUGACGACUCGUUUAUUGUCCUCUUUAUAUCUCCUUGACAUACACACAUAAUAUUGAUACUAUUUCGACUGCAUAAUUCCACCAGCAGAUGAGAUAAUGUCGCUCAUACCAGUUAUCCUCGUGACCUUCUUCUUGGUCUCCUGCUGUACGGCUGGUCCGAUUGCUCCUUUUGCUUCCAAGAGAGACCUGGAGUCGCUUUCCCCAUAUCCUUCGCUCACUACACCUUAUGUGCACGUUGCCAGUCCUUCGGUCGAUGACGAUGACGACGAUGAGAUCAACGCUUUGACUGUAGUUCCGGUCACACCCUCCAGUCUGCCUCAAACUGCAUCCAGCUCUAGCACCACUGUUGAGCCAGCGCCAUCCAGCUCAGCUGCGUUCGUUCAGGUAUCUCCGACUACUUCUACUCAUGUCGACUCCACUACCUCUCUGUUCGAGUCUUCCUCUGCAGCUACGCACUCUUUAUCUACAAGUGUCUCAUCAGACAGCAGCGUGACUACCUUGUCGCUGACUUCAACGACUACAACUACGACCACAACUACACCUUCAUCUUCAGUACCCUACUCGCCUCCCUCGAGUGCAGUUCCAAGCUCUCCUACGACAAGUUCUUCGUCGCAGGUGAUGCAUACCACAACACCAUCUAGCACGCUUUCUGAGAGCUCCCAUGUUGUAACACCCUCAAUUAUCAUGCCAGGAGGUCCAAUGGAAGGCUCGUCGUCUCAUGCCGUGACCGCAGCUUCUUCUCACAUCACGCACGAGACGUCAUCCUCUGCUGCCAGAGUAUCACACUCAUCCAGCACAGCAGCUCAAGCAUCUCCGUCACACCAGGGAACAAUCACAUCAUCUAGUAAACUACUACAUUCCUCCACUAUUGCACCCGCAUCAUCAUCAAGCUCUGCUCCAGAGAGCACUACAUCAUCCCACACCUCCGAGACAUCAGCAUCCACCAGCUUCACCAUCGGAGUUAUCACGGCUCUACCAGAAGCCAGUACCAGCUCUUCCUCAAUGCCUGAAAUGUCACCCUCCUCCUCCACCACACACUCCAGCGAGAGCACAACAACUACAACCGAGGACACCUCAUCACCCACUCCCACUGAAAGCCAAACAACCACACCAACACCCCACACAGCCAAGCCCUUCAUCGGGGUGACCAUACCCACGACAAGCACAACCACAACCAAGACCACCCAGCCAGCAGACCCAGUGGACACAAUAACCAUCCCAACACCAGAGACAGAAGACACCACCACCACCACAACAUCCACAACCUCAGCCCCAACCCCAGUCGUCGUACUAGUCACACCCGAAGGAUCAACAACAGUCAUCGGAACAUCCUCCUUCAUACCCUCUAAGCCAGAUACCACAUCCACAUCCACAUCCACAUCAACAUCGUCCCUCACAACAAUCAACCCAACCACAACCACCUUCCACUCCACCUCAACAACCAUGCAAACCAUCUACGUAGUAAUCACAGAUACACCCACCCCGGAACAACAAACCUAUGAUUCAACCACCAUUGCGACUGCCAUCGUUACUGUCGUUGAUAAACCAACCCCAACCUCGGAAACUGUCCCUACCACACUUACAUCAUUAACAACAUCUGAAGAAGAGAAAAUGUCGACGACGACGACGACGACGACGACUCCGUUGGAUGCAGAGCAAACAUCAACGCAUUCUAGAGUAGAGGAUGUGUCCACGUCCACGUCUACACCUACGAUAACAUCAUCUUCUUCUCUGUCUAGUGAGUCAGGUGAUGUUCUUAGGAUUGUUCCUGUGACGCCUACGGGUCCUGUUACGGUGACUGUUACAGUGACGGAGUGGGAGAGGGAGAGGGAGACUGUGACUGUGACGGAGAAGGAGAAGGAGAUGGUGACGAAGACGGAGACUGUUACGGAGAGGGUUACGGAGACGGAGAGUGUGACUACUUGAUUCGGUUGUUAUGUGUGUGUAGUAUUACCUAGUUAGGAGUGUUGAUAGAUAGUAUACGUAAUAAUGAAGACAUAUAAUUCCAGGUUUGAGUUGAUUGGUAAGUUGGCUCAUGUUGUCAAUUUUGUAGUAGUAUUCAUCAGUUAGUUACUUUGAUAGUUAACUAACUAGUUACACAUUGGUAUUUGUCAUCCAUCUCAUGUGAGAUACUUCCAAUACAUUAAAUCAUAUCAAAUAAAUCAUAUCAUCCAUCCACCCAUGAAAUAACCCAGAUACAGGUAUCCCCACAAAAGAUAACACAGUCAAACAGUCAAUGAAAUACUCUAUAAUAAUACACACAAAUAUAUAGACACCAAGGCCGUUCAAUCAUACCCCCGACCCGAAUAGUACACACACUAAACUCCGUCGCCACCCCAGCUUUGCUAACAAUCAGU